CUUAAUCUACCUAGGUACCUACCUAUACUUACCUACUUACCUACUUACCUAAUUCACCUGCAAACGCUAUUAGCCCAAGGCCGUCCAUACAUCUCAUCUAUCUUCUCACUUCCACAACAACACUUCUUGCUCGAGACUGAACAAAUAUAUCGAAAUGGCAUCCCAGCUUCUACCACUAGAACUCAUCGACAAGUGCGUCGGCUCUAGGAUAUGGGUUAUCAUGAAGGGUGACAAGGAAUUCAGCGGUACCUUACUAGGAUUUGACGACUACGUCAACAUGGUCCUGGAGGAUGUAACCGAAUUCGACUACUCUGGAAACCAUACGAAGCUCUCUAAGAUCUUACUAAACGGUAACAAUAUAUGCAUGUUGAUUCCGGGAGGAGAAGGACCUGUGGCCACUUAAUGAGAACGAGGUUGGAUAUGGGAUAUCGUCUGAUGAAUCGGAGUUGCAAUUGCCUUGUCAACAACUAUACUAAACUGGCGUACUGAAAAGCAGGUGCCUUGCAUGUCACGACAAGUGAGCAGGGAGUUAGGAAAUCAAUGGAAUUACAGCGGUUAA